AGAGACAGGCAGAGAGACACGCACAGAGACACGCGCAGAGACACAGUCACACUGUGUGUCCACGGCGGAGCCUCAGUGCGUUUGCGCUCCUCCGGCGGCUGAACGCACAGCGCGGAGUCCAGCGACGAGCCGCCGCUGACGGCGGAGGAUCUCCAGGACGCGUCGGACCGCUGCGGAAAAACUUGCGAUUGUUUGAUUUUUUUUCUCUCCUCAAACUGAAGACUUUGGUGAUGCGGAUCGACUCCGAGGCUGCGUGAACUGCGGUUUUCCUCAUGUGGGAGCAGUUUAAUGUGCUCUUCAUCCAUCUGUUUCAGAGGAUUCCUCCUGUCCUCAGUGGCGAUGGGUUCUGUGGUGUCAGGCUGGAGGUCGUGUCUUCUCCUGCAGGCAGCCGUUCUGCUGCUGCUCAGCAAGGGGGAGAAGAUGUGCCCUGCGAGUUGUCGCUGCGAAGGAAAGAUUGUUUACUGUGAAUCCGGCAUCUUCCAAGGCAUCCCAGAAAACAUCACCACGGGAUGCCAAGGUCUGUCUCUGCGCUAUAACAACCUGCUGGUUCUGCUGCCCUACCAGUUCGCUCACCUCAACCAGCUCAUCUGGCUGUACUUGGACCACAACUCCAUCACUGCCGUCGAUGCGUUAGCCUUCCACGGCGUGCGCAGGCUCAAGGAACUGAUCCUCAGCUCCAACAAAAUAAGCCUCCUGCACAACAAGACCUUCAGCGCCAUCCCAAACCUGCGAAAUUUAGACUUAUCCUAUAAUCAGCUGCAGUCUCUGCAGCCGGGGCAUUUUUAUGGUCUGCGCAAGCUGCAGAAUCUCCACCUUCGAUCGAACGGACUGAAGCAGAUCCUCAUCCGGACCUUUCUGGAGUGCCGCAGCCUGGAGUUUCUGGACUUGGGUUACAAUCGCUUGCGGAGUCUCACCCGCACAACCUUCUUAGGGCUGUUCAAGCUGAAAGAACUUCAUUUGGAGCACAAUCAGUUUUCCAGGAUUAAUUUCUUCAUUUUCCCUCGCCUUACCAACCUCCAAGCUCUUUAUUUGCAGUGGAACCGCAUACGAGCCAUCAACCAAGGUGUGCCCUGGACCUGGCACAAGCUACUGAAACUGGAUCUGUCGGGGAAUGAAAUCCAAAUCUUGGACCCGGCGGUUUUCCAGUGUAUGCCGAACUUACAAAUACUCAACCUGGAGUCGAACAAGCUGAGCAGCGUGCCUGAGGAAGCCGUGGGCGCGUGGACGUCCCUCACCACCAUCAGCCUGGCAGGUAACGCCUGGGACUGCAGCCCCAGCAUCUGCCCUCUCAUGGGCUGGCUCAGACACCUCAGAGACUCCAAAGACAUCAGUAUGAUAUGCAGCAGUCCCAAGUCGGUGCAGGGUGAGCGAGUCACGGAUGUGGUGAGGAAUCACUCGACCUGUGCGGACGUGUCAAACGUGUUCUCAACAACCGCGCUCAGCAUCCUGACCUCAGCCCAGGCCGCGAACGUCACGUCUGCCCUCUCUCCCUCUGGUGCCACCCAGCUGACUCGUACCGAGUCACCUGUUCACAGUUUAAGCCCUUCACCUGUGCAUCCUACUGGGACAGCAGAGGCCACAAACAUGAGCCCCACGUCCCCCCCUGAGCCCCCCACGUCGUUUAUCCCAGAGCCGCACUUCGAGCAUAUGGCUUUCCAUAAAAUCAUUGCGGGCAGUGUAGCCCUGUUCCUGUCAGUGUCAUUGAUCCUUCUGGUUAUUUAUGUGUCGUGGAGGCGCUACCCCAACACCAUGAGGCAGCUGCAGCAGCACUCAGUCAACCACAAGCGCAGGAAAAAGGCCCGCAAGCAGGAGCAGGACCUAAACACUCAGUUGCAAGAGUACUAUCUGAGCUACCAUUCGAACUCGGAGACGAUGGACUCGCUGGUGAACGAGACGAGGCCGUGCACGUGCACCAUAUCAGGAUCCAUAGAGUGUGAGGUCUGAGCCACCUUAAACACUCUAAAACUGCAGUUGCUAAGCAGAGAGGUAAAUGGGUUUUUCUUUCCGUGAGAUUAAGUGUUUUAUCUCUAAUGUGAGAUGAUAGAUUCUGCGGCUCUGAAGGAAAUACUUGGGGGCAUAUUACAAUAUAAUUACGUGCACAGAGAAGAAGACAGGAACGGAGAGAUAUAUUUGGAGCUAAUUACCACCCCCGACUGACACGAGGACAGGCAGUGGCGGGGUCAGCCAGGUUAGCUGUGUAUCGUCUAAGGUAACGACUGGACCUCCACGGCGGUGGACGUCUGCCCAAACUGAACUUAUUCUUAGUAAAACUCUAGAACAAAUGAACCAACGAAGCCACUUUUUACUUGCUAGUUUUAAUUUUUUAUGUAAUGUCAUGCAUUUAGGAUGUGUGUGUCUUUGUGUGUGUGUGUGUGUCGAGUGAAGUGUGGCACCUUGUCCUCGCUGAUACCACCUGGACUACGAUGUGCAGCAGUCUGAAGCCGCACUUCCACUGUGACGAGCCCUUUUAACAUUUAAGCAGCGACAGCCAGCAUGUCUAUACUGUAAUCCUGACUAGUUGCAAAUCUAACUAAAGAUAUCUACAGCUCAUUUGUCACCAGUCGAAAUGCCUGACAUCGACAUCUGAUAUCCGUGACCUAACUGAAACUUGGCCUAACCGUUGAUUUUUAUUCGAACAGUUACAGACUCUACAGGUCAGUUCUGUAGUAGUAGUAACGGUCGGCGUAUCCGUAACGUAGCAGCUCUCACUUCCUGUCGACACACAUCACGAAUGAAAUUCUACACGUCUUUAUAACUCGUCAGAACUGACUUUUAGAUAUCAUAAGGAAAUUGUCACAUAUCAGGAAUGGUUCGACACGUUACACACAUGGUGAGAAAUCAGUCACACUCCUUUUUCGACAUGUGAAAAUUCAACAGUACGUACGUCAAAUACUUCUCAAAAGCAGCUACUGAUGUCUGUAUUUCUGAUCAGCUUUGGCUACGUGUCAGUAGCUUUCCGGACAUGUCAAAGCAACACUUUAAGAGGUCGAAAUCAGAUUCUGGCUCAGCCGUCAGGUUAAAUGUUAAAGGGGUUUUCCAAACGUCCACAGGCUGCGGAGGGACGGCCCGAAGGGAGCAUCUCGUCCUCAGAUCUUCUGCAUGAACUCACUGUCCUUCCUGAAGAUGCUUCUCCCUCGUAUUUAACCAUCAGCUCUAAUCGAUGAUGGAGUCGUGGCAGAAGUUAAACUGACUGUAUUUAAAUCUCACGAGUCUAAUCUCAGGACUGACGUGUCAGAAGUGAUGGUUUUCAUAAAGACUUUUCUACUGAACCCUCCUUCCAUCCCGGUGAUGCUUUGUUUUGUGUACAGACAUGACAGUGUGGGUACCUGACGUUCUAUGUGAUAACGACUGUAUAAUUAAAGAAACACUGACAACCUG